CUAAGAUGGACCUAACCUCCUCGCCCUCCGGGAUAUAUAAACGCUGUUGAACACCUCCCAUCUUGCCAUCAAUCACAACCACAAACCAUCAAAACAAUCAUCCUCUGUGAAAUACCACAUUCAAUCCCACUCUCCAGUCAAGAUGAAGUUCUCCAUCGUUGCUCUUGCCGGCCUUGUCAGCGCCGUCUCUGCUGCUUCUCUCCCCGCGCGCUUCUCCCUCAUCGCCGACGACAACACCCCCGUCCUCACCGAUGGCGAGUUCGCCUACAUCGGCAAGGACUCCUCUAAGAAAACCACCAAGCUGAUCCUCUCCUCCGGCGCCAACGGAGCCCUCACCUACCUCGCCAAGGGCGCCGUUCCCACCGCCUGGCAGAACCUGUACAUCAUCGAGAACAGCGUCUCGCCCAUCUCCUUCACCACCCCUCACUCCGGUUCUGUCCCUAAGAACGCCAACACCACUGGCUUCGGCGUCGACGAGCAGGGUUACCUGACUCAGGGCGGCAGGGCCUGGUUCGCCGUUGAUGGCUACGGCGAUGUCCCCUCCAAGGAGGUCUACUGGUACGGUGCUCACAGCUCGGAGUACAAGGCUGCCAACCUGAAGGUUCAGGAGUGCACUACUGAGGAGUGCUAAAUGGGUUGAAAUCAUGGCAUACACUUUGAUUUGUAGAUGUUGAGUGGAUCGGGGAUGAAUAUAUGGAUAUAGUUAGUGUACUGGUAGUGUAUAAUGUGAGUUUCUCAAUAUUUGGUGUUGUUUUUUAUAUGGGGAUAAAGACAUGGUAUGGUGUAAAUCAUCGGUAGACUACCGAAGAGCAUAAUGGAGCAUCGGGAUGUGAUCCACGAAAAGGGGGAUGCUCCAGUUUGCCAAACAUGUUCUGAGAAGGGAUACUGUUACCAUGUCACCUUAUUAGAAAACACCAUGUCCCGGUCAAUCUAAAAUCUCAUUUACAUUCGUCACAAUCAUUAUACCGU